UGAGGAGCCACAGUGAAGUCCAGAAAGCACAGAGGAAAGUUUUGGGAGAGACGAAAAAGUUGAAGAGGCGGACGACGCGAAUUUCUACUGGACUAUUUGGACGCAACAGCAACACACAGAAAACCUUCACGGUCUUCCAGAGAUAAAUCUCCGCCAAGUUAACUUUGUGCGCAGCUGCAGGUUUUUGUAUUUAAAUACCUAAGAGGACAGCCAUGAUCAGCCUCUGCCUCGUGCUGUUGUUAUCUGCCUCCGUCUUCUCAGAGUCGCAGGUGAGGGAGACGGAGACAUGGAUGCCCAUGAAGACCACACAGACGGUUGCCUCGACAACACGCGAUGGCGACCUGGAGGCAUCAGGAGAUUCCUCUAACGGCUCCGACUUUGGCUUCGCGGAUGAUGAAGAUGAGUACUACACAGAAUACGACGAUGACGAGGAUGAAUACAGCGAAUUCUCAGGAUCUGGAGCCGGAGCAACAACGGUGUCACCUGCAGCAGCGUCCAGGCCUUCAACCAAGCCUGACGCGAACGCCAACAAGAUCCCCGAGCUGACCCGCCCGGUUAGACCAACCGUCAGCGAGGUGGAAAUCGUUCAGAAGAGCAACGAGAUCCCUCUGCAGAAGAACCACGAAGAGCCCUCAUCCAAUGUCCUCAUGUCCCGCGGUGACGACAACAUCCUUCACAAGACAUGGGUCCUCGCAGCUCUGAUUACGGCAGGCGCUGUCUGCCUGAUGUUCGCCACCCUCCUCAUCUUCUUCCUCAUCUACCGCAUGAAGAAGAAGGACGAGGGCAGCUACGACUUGGGGAAGAAACCCAUCUACAAGAAGGCCCCCACCACAGAGAUCUACGCAUAAAGUCUGACCUCCACCCAACUCCAACUCCUUCUCCCUUUCCUGACCCCACACACACACCCCUCACCCCCUUUGAACCCAAUCAGGGCUGAAGUUCGGCCUCACUGUGCCUCAUCAUCAUCAUCACACCUCCUCGUUUGUGCCUCCGUGGGGUAAGGAGCGUUAAAUAAGGAGAGCACCCCGACAACAAUCGAUUGACUGACUCCUCCUACCUGAUGUGUACUAAUAUUACUGGUGCUCUCUUGACCAAUCGGAGGCUUUGCUUGGAGAAGGAGCAGCAGGAGUGACUGUUUCAGCUGCAGUACACCGUGUCACCUGUACGCUUGUUUUAUUUUUUUCUUGUUCCCACCAUGUUGAUGGACAAACACAACAGAACUCUUCCUCCUUACCUCCAGUUAAACACUAACAGUCCCGUUAUUUAUUCUCUCCUUGUCUUCCUCUCAGUCUGCAGCUUCUCAUGCUAUCGCAGCACACGACUCAACAGGUGAAUGUCUGUAUUAGAUUAUUUUUUUAUUUUGAAGACAUUUCAUGACUCUUUCAGGCUCGACCAGCCUUUACAUGUGAUUAUAUUUCCAAUCAUGUAAAUUUGAAUUGAUCUGCUGUUCCUGAAGUCUCAGAAGAGGAAAGCUGGCUCUGUUUCUGCCCUGUAACGUCACUCGGUUGAUGUUCUGUAAACUUUCAGAUGCAGCAGAGUUCAUUAAAACGAGCUUCCGAUGCUUCCCAGCAUGUUUUUUUUGUUUUUGUUUUUUUUCCUUCUUCUAAUGAGGCAAGAGUCCGACGGUCUGGCACGUAGCAGCAGAUAAGUUCAGCCCAGUUAAUCUGGAAAAAAUAUUUCACAAACGCAGUCGGACCCGGGUCACAACAGGAAAACCCUCUGAAGCCUUUUUCUAGCUCCUGUGCCUCCAGUGUGUGUUGUAAAAGAGUCGCAGUGAACUUAAGCUGCUUAGCUUAACAGAAACGAGGGGAAAAUGCUGGAUUUGACCGGCUGCUAUGACCGCUUCAAAGGCAUCAGGCCAGUUAGCUUUGAGUUUUAACAAUCAUUUACAGCCAAACGUG